CAUGGAGGAAGCCGGUGAGCAGCCUGCAUUGCUGUAAAUGAAAACAAAACAAGACAAAACUAAGAAAAACUAAAUAGAAACACUAGAGCUGGUGUUUCAGGAUGGAGACAGUGGCAGUCUUCCAGAUGAAGGGACUGAAGCUGGAUGCAGGUCUAGCGAUGUGCAGGCAGGCUGUAAGCAGGGAUGGCGGAGCUGGAGGGCUUCGAGUUCGGCAAGUCGGACUUUGUCCUCCUGGACGAAGUGACAAUGGAGCAGUUCCUGGACAACCUGAAGAUGAGGUUUGAGAAAGGCCGGAUCUACACAUAUAUUGGUGAAGUCGUGGUGUCGGUCAACCCCUACAGGCAGAUGGACAUUUAUGGUAAAGAUGCGAUUGAUGCGUAUAGAGGAAGAGAGCUGUAUGAAAAUCCUCCACACCUGUACGCUGUGGCUGACGCAGCCUACAAGGCCAUGAAGAGACGAGCGAAAGACACCUGCAUUGUCAUAUCAGGUGAGAGUGGAGCAGGAAAGACAGAAGCCAGUAAAUACAUCAUGCAGUACAUUGCUGCCAUCACUAACCCCAGCCAGAGAUUAGAGGUUGAGAGUGUGAAGAAUGUGCUUCUGAAAUCCAAUUGUGUGUUGGAGGCUUUUGGGAAUGCUAAGACAAACCGCAAUGACAAUUCCAGCCGCUUCGGAAAGUACAUGGAUAUUAACUUUAACUUCAAUGGAGACCCUACUGGAGGACACAUCAACAACUACCUGCUGGAGAAGUCGAGAGUUGUGCAGCAGCAGGAGGGGGAGAGGAACUUCCACUCUUUUUACCAGUUACUGCGAGGAGGAUCUGAAGACAUGCUGAAGUCUUUACACCUGAACAAAGACCCAACAGACUACACCUACACCCAACAGGGAGCCUCCGUCACUACUGCAUCCUCAGAUGAUCGUUGCUGUCACAAAGCGGUUAUGAGUGCACUGAAGGUGAUCGGUUUCACUGAAGCGGAGAUCAACUCCAUAUAUAAAAUUCUGAGCACUAUUCUACACUUGGGGAACCUGCAGUUUGUGAGUGAUGGAGAGAGCGUCCAGCUGUCAGAAGGAGAUGCAGUACAGCACAUCGCUGAGCUGACCUCCACUGAACCAGAGAGUGUUAAUAAGGCCCUGCUGUACCGCACUGUGGCCACCGGGGGAGGAGAGGUCAUUGAAAAAGGUCACAGUGAACAGGAAGCAAGUUACGGGCGUGAUGCUUUCGCUAAGGCCUUGUAUGAACGAUUGUUUGGGUGGAUUGUGGGCCGAAUCAAUAGCGUGAUUGAGGUGAAGGACUACAAUCCAGCACUGCACGGAAAAAACACGGUCAUAGGAGUUCUGGACAUUUACGGCUUUGAGAUAUUUGACAAUAACAGUUUUGAGCAGUUCUGUAUUAACUACUGCAAUGAGAAACUGCAGCAGCUCUUUAUUGAGCUCAUCCUGAAACAGGAGCAAGCUGAAUAUAACAGAGAAGGCAUUACCUGGCAACAUAUUGACUACUUCAAUAAUCAGAUCAUUGUGGAUUUGGUGGAGCAGCCCCAUAAAGGCAUCAUUUCUAUUCUGGAUGACGCCUGUCUGACUGCAGGAAAAGUUACAGACACUGUCUGCCUGGACAGUAUGAACCAAAAACUCGGACAGCAUGCUCACUAUACAUCCCGCAAGCUGUGUCCCACUGACAAGACCAUGGAGUUUAACCGCCACUUUCGCAUCCGACACUAUGCUGGCGACGUCACGUAUUCAGUGGAAAGCUUUCUCGACAAGAACAAGGACCCGCUAUUCCAGGAUUUCAAACGGCUGAUGUUUAACAGUUUGGACCCAGUGCUUACAGAAAUGUGGCCUGAUGGGAAGUUGAGUAUUACAGAGGUGACGAAGCGGCCGCUGACCGCUGCUACUCUCUUCAAGAACUCCAUCAUCGCUCUUGUUGACAAGCUUGCCUGCAAGGAGCCGUACUAUGUGCGGUGUGUAAAGCCGAACGAGGUGAAGUCCCCCAUGCUGUUUGACGAGGCUCGCUGUAGACACCAGGUGGCGUACCUGGGACUGCUGGAGAAUGUCCGGGUGCGCAGGGCUGGCUUUGCCUACAGACAACCUUACGAACGCUUCCUACAGAGGUACAAGAUGACAUGUGAGUACACCUGGCCUAAUCACCUGAUGAGCAGUGACCGAGAGGCCGUGGAGGCCAUUGUUGUGCAGCAUGGUUUUGAGGGGGACGUGGCGUACGGUCUCACCAAGCUGUUUGUGCGAACGCCUCGCUCUCUCUUCACACUGGAGCAGGAGAGAGCCGCACUCAUCCCCAUCCUCGUCCUCUUCCUGCAGAAGGUGUGGCGGGGUGCUUUGGCGCGGAUGCGGUGCAGACAGAUGAGGGCCAUUUACACCAUCAUGGGCUGUUAUAAGCGCUAUAAAGUGAAGGCUCAUUUCUGGGAGGUGGAGAGACGCUUUGCUAACGUGAGGAACAUGUCUGACUACGGGAAAAGCGUGGAGUGGCCGACUCCCCCUGCGGCUCUAAUGCAGUUUCACAGAAUCACUCAGCACCUCCAUCGCAGGUGGAGGGCGAGGCAGAUCGUUAAGAACAUUCCCCCCUCAGACAUGCCGGAGGUUAGAGCAAAGGUUGCAGCUCUGGGAGCUCUGAGUGGAGAGAGAGUGGACUGGGGCUUUAACAGAGCCUGGGAGAGAGACUACCUAGCUAACGCCAGAGACUCUCCUUUAACCAGUACCAAUUUUGUGAGAAUCACUAAAGAGCUGACGAACAAAGACCAGUACAGCCAGGUCCUCUUCUCUGGAUACGUCAGGAUGCUCUACUGUAGCUUUCUGUCUAGCAGCACAAAGGACAGAGCUCUGCUCAUCACAGAUAAACACAUCUACAAACUAGAGCACAAGAAACACUUCAAAGUGCAGAAACGGAUGCCCAUAGAAACUGUAACCAGCUUGAGUGUAACAAGCGGAUCAGAUCAGAUGGUGGCGCUACACACUGCGUCUCAGGAUGACAUGCUGGUGUAUCUACAGAGGGGUCAGCUGGGGCCGAAGCAGGACCGUGUGGGGGAGCUGGUGGGGACGCUGUGUGACCACUUCACACGAGUGAGAAACACUCCCUUGCCAGUCAGGGUUUGCUCCACAAGCCUGCAGGUGUUCAUGAGCGGUAAACCCAAAACCAUCACCACUGAGACCAAACCUGGUCAGAACACAGCGGACUUCAAGAAGAGUCGCGGAGGAUUCACCCUCCUGCUCCCAUCUCAGUAAAAACAGCUCAACACAGCCAGCGAGAAGAAGACUGUACAUAACAGACAUGACUGAUAUGCACUGCAUCUUAGAAAUUACAUCUGUUUUAUAUCAGAAAGACACUGUUUUGUAAUUCACAUUACCAUGCACGAGUAUGUACUGAUUGCUGUGUUGGUUGUUUUAACAUCGUUAACUUAGUAAACAGGUAAACGAAGUACCUAGCCUCGCUGAAAGUACUUUAAGCUGUUGGAUUGCAGUGUUUUCCCCAGGCAUAGCCAUAUUUUCCUCAGGCAAAGUCAUAUAUUGCAGUACAACCUAACAACAUAGCCCACUUUCAUCCACAUAGGCUGUGUUCACUCAGUAGAUAAAAUGGCCCAAAUCUGAUUUAAAUUGUUUCAUCACAUGUGACACAGGUGUGUUAUCCUCGUGGCAUGUGGCAAUAAACACACUAAGAGCAUUUUCACACCUUUAGUCCGCUUCUAUGGACCAAAUCAGUUGAUGAAUUUGUAUAAUUGGAGCGUUUCCCCCUCGGUUUGGUUUGUUUUCACACAGGCAAAAACCUCAACACACCAAAAAUCCCCCUAACAAACAAUGCAAGCUGAGCAGUCUGUCGCAGGAGCAAGAAAGUAGUUAUAGCGGGAAGGUUCUGUGUUCCAUUUAUGCAGUGUGAUGCUGCUUUAACACUGAAUGCUGACAAUUUGCAGUUGCGCCUUUAAACAUAGUGUUUUCAAUGGGACGUCAGCGCUGACAUCUGCAUAGUAAAAGUAUGCAGUGAACGCUGCAUAUGCUGCAUUCAGCGUGAAAACAGCUUAGAGCUUGGAGCAGCAGCAGAGACAGUGUUUGUUCAUAGCUCUAGUAAUGAUAUGGCUAACAUAUCAGGUUAAACUGCACCUGAACAGCCUUUUAGCUCAAAUAAAUGGAGUACACUUGAUAGUUCAGGUUCUCACCACAAACAAAACACCCUGGAGUUUGUUUGGAACUGGACUGAGACCAGCUCCUUUUGUGGGUCUUGGUAUAGUUGUUUUGAAACAGAUCAGAUCUGAGUGUGAUUACUGUUUUCACAUCUGCCAGGGUACAAAUAAACCAGAGUAUUUUAACCAGACCAAAUAGUGCUGGUGUGAAAACGCUCUGAUAGUUUUAGUUCUGAUUUGGGCCACUUUCACAUUUUGUAUUCAAAAUCCGAUACACACUUAAAAGCAGCUCAGUCUAAACAGCAAAACUGAUUUUUAAUGGUAAAAAAAAAUAUUUUAGGGUAAUGUUGUUGUUUUUUUAUCGCAGCCUGAUAACAUUGGAUUUGGUGAUUUUGUGAGAAAAUCAGAUUGGGCCACUUUAAUUGUUGUCUGAACAUAACCAUAUUCCCAACCCUGAUGUGGAAAUUUCCCUGUUCUACACUGUUUUCGCUGUUUUCCCACAGUUACACUCCCACUCUAAGUCAGGGAUGGCUUGCUAAUUAGCUGACUAAUUGGGUAAGAUGUGUUGAUUGAAAGGAAAACAGUAAAAUAGUCUAAGCUAUGGUGAAUCUGUCCUUUUUUGUUAAUAAUGUGAUUUCUGAUCAAAACAGCAUGAGCCAAACAUUUGUAGAAUUUGAUUUAGUUCAUUAAACAAAGCAUUUCUGCUUUGUGGGUUUUAAAAGAACAUACUUUUAUUCCAAAUACAACACAUAGCGCAUCCAACAAAAAAGGCAGCAUAGGGUUCUAUUUAUAUUCUUUAAUAUUUUGACACAUUUGUCCAGUCUUGCAACUUGUGCUUUUUAAAAGAGAAAAUGUGUGACACGAAUAGAUCAAUGAUCUUAAGUCAUCAUAACAAGUGAUAUUUAUGUUACUAUAGUAAUCUAUUCAUGUUGUGCUGUGAUGAGUAAAAAGUUUUCAUACACUGGACCUCUUUCAUGCCUUUAAUCAUUUCAGGAGUGUAGAUAUUUACAUUAUUUACAGUAUUAGAAGUAUUGCUUAUUUUAUAUUGCACUUUCUACAAGAGGCGUAUCUGCAGACGUCAAGCAAGUAUAUAUACAUAUUGAUAUUUUACAUACUUGAUUUUUUCUUUUUUCUUUUUUUUUUCCAUUUUUUGUCUCAUUUGUACAUUUUGCUUGUGGAGAUGUAACCAAGAGUAUUUGUAAUACGGUGGUCUGCAUCCUCUUCAUCAAACAUAUCUUGCACUGUCAGUGUACUUCCUGCGCUGCCACUAUUGGCUCGUCACCGUGGCGACGCUGCAGUUAUUGAUAUUUGGUUUCUAUGAUUAGCUGUGUGGAAGGAAACAUUAUUGUUAUGUAUUUAUAUUUUGGCCUAAAUGAUUAACAGUAUUCAAGUAAACUGCUUUUUUUACACAUUUUUUGUACUUGGUUGUCAUGUUUUAACAAAUAAUAAAACCAUGUUAUUGUGAAAUGUA